CAACCUCAGCGCGCUCCCCGCUGCCCGCUGCCCGCCGUCCCGCCGCAAUGUCUGGCGCAGACCCGCUGUCGUCCGUCGCGCUGCGGCCGUGGCCCGCGCCCGCCAAGGAGGCCCUGAGCACAGAGGACAUGUUCGCGCAGGUGGGGCAGCUCACCGCAGAGCGCAAACAAUGGAUGCGCGACAUCAAGGAGCAGGCGCUGCUCGACGACAUCGCGGCCGGGCGCGAUGCCAUCCUGGAGUCGGUCGAGGGCGGGAAGCAGCGCGACCAGGACGAGGUGCUGUCGCACGCCGCGAUGCUGGAGAAGCUGGGCAAGGCGAGGGUCGAGGUGCACAGCAAGCUCGAAUGGGCCUCGUUCGCAGCCGGCAACGCGCUCAAUCUCGUCUCGCUCAUCCUCUCCCGCGAUCUGGCCAAACACCCGGGCAGGAAAGAGUCCGAGAACAUCUACACCCCCAUGUUCCAGGCGCAGAAUGUGCCUCGCAGCUCGGUGGGGCUGGUCAAGGAAGCCCUUGUCGAGCAGGAUCCGUCGCAGAUGCGGCCCGAGGAGAGGGCGCGAAUUGAAUAUACCCAGCGGAGGAAGGUGCUGGCCAUGAAGGGCUCGCGCAUGGGGGCGCUUGACUGGGCCACCGACACGCUGCUCAAGGCUGCCACCGACCUGGAGAGCAGCAUCCGCAAGGAGACCAAGUACUGGGACGAGAUCCUGUCCAUAUCCGACAAGGGCUGGCAGAUGCAACGCACCCGGAGGGGUGUGCGGAACGCGCCCUUCGCGGUCAAGUACGGGCCCGCAGAAGCGAGCAACCACUUCAGAGCACGCGGCUUGGCUCCGCUGCGUAUGGACAAGGACGGCGACAUUAUCCUCGAUCCCGCCCUCACUCUCAAGCCAAAGACGCUGCGCGUGCGCAUCAGCGAGAACGACAAGAUUGUAGGCGUUUCCCAAGCAACUAUACGUGGCGCCCUGAACGAACUUGCCAUCGAGAAAUCGAUUCAACUUGCCCGUGCAUCCCUAUUCGAGGAAGAAAUGUUCUACGAAAUGUCCCUCGAGAGUCGGAACUUACUCUCCUAUGGUGUGGAACUGCGUGACACAGUCAUCCACGUCACGGUGCCGGGCGAACAUUCCACUCAUCGCAAACUAUUGAUUGACUGCAUAGCCCAGGAUGAUAAUAGCCUUUCGAUCCACGGCGGCAGUCAGGACUGGCUUGCGCACGAUAUUGCCGAGGGUUUGCGAAUCCUGCUUGCACACGAACAUCGCAUGCGCUUGUUCAGGCGCACCCGACUCCCACCUCCAAUGACACAACACAAGCACCAACAGCCUCCUCCCCCGCUCUUGCGUACUCUACUCGCCAUGUUCAGUCAUUUGAACGCUGUCGAUUCGCUUUAUGCUUAUCUUAGAGCAGUCGCAAAUACACUCAAGAGCGCAGGACUGGAUGUGACUUUGGAAGCAACCAGGGAGCUGACCUUGGAGAAGUUGACCGCAACAAUUAAAGAGGCCAAAACUAAAGAUCUCACAGCUACCGAUCAGCUCCUAGCGUCUCUCAUUCGGCCUUUCGAAGGGAGAGCCGCGUUGUCGCUUCCCUCCUCGACCGAGAGCUCACCAGAAAGUCUCACGAUUGGUACAAGAACAUACAUUGGCCCGCCCCACUUUGGCACUGAGCACAAGAUUUCCUUACCACCCUCUCUCAUUCAGCUGUUGAACCUGGAACAUGACCCUCAACGGCAGCUGAAGUUCUCCUCAACCGGAGAGGUGAAAUCAUAUCUGGACUGGAUUAUCUCACUCGACAUAUCUCAAACGCUACUCUUCAACGAGUUCGGCGGACGGUCGGUGAUCAAGUCGUCAGAGCCGUGUAUAUCGAUCGUGUCGAAGAGUAGCAAGAAGAGCUCGAUCAGAGAGGACGACUUGGAGAUCGAGCUAGAGAAGGCAUCAUUGAAAGCAACUGCUACCGCUCACGGACAGCUAGCCACAGGGGCGGCGGUUGAGAGCUUUACCUGGAAUGGCUCGCCUGGACGGCAAACUCUGAAGGACAAAGUAAAGAGCUGGUUGGGUUGAAGUUGUAUAACUUUCACGAUGCGAACGCGCGACCUAACGAUUCGCGCUCCGCCGCUUGGCAUCCCGAUCGAUGAUGUAUGGACGGAACAUGUCGCGCGGAGACGAGGUGGAGGCUAGAGUGGAACUCCCGAUCUAGUGUGGGGUAGCUUCCCCAUUCUCCGAGGCAUCUAACUCGGAAACGAUGCAGACCUGACGAUCGCCAUGUUUGUCAAUUCUUUCGAAAACUUCAUCAUGACGCGCAGACCCUUCCAUUGUAGCUGCGGGGAAGGUAAACGCAGCAUCCCGGCCCGUUGACGUACCUGCAGCUUGUGACAGACGCCAUGUAGCAAUAAAUGUAAAGCCAGGUACACCAAUCGUGCAGCUUCUUCUCUUCGUGAUUUGAAACAUGUUGUCGAUACCGUUACUGAC